UUGUUUCCCUCCUAAUUAAGCUCCCAAGUUCACACCGCCAUCCACCUCCUACGGAUCACGUUUUGAUAUCUGAGCUCCUUUAACUCAUUACUAUUUAUUUAUGCAUGUGAUUCUGUGCAUUCCAUUUCUUCCCAUUUCUCACCCUCUCUCUCUCUCGCCGCUCCUGCUGCUUUGAGCUUAUUGGUUAGUGUCAAAUUUCCUCCUCUCAACUCUCACCACCCUUUUUUCCACACACAAACACACCAAGAAACACACAGUCUUCAGUUUUAUCGAACUUAUUCCUGCAGUGCUGGAGUUGCCCCCUCUGCAGGAAAAAUCUUGUCAUAGCCCUGAGACACACAACGCAUGGGCAUAAAUUUGUGAUUUUUGUACUUUUGAGUUCGUAAAUGGCUGGCUCAGUAGUGCCUGUGAGUAAGGUGCCAUCACGUAAUUAUGGAUGUAUCAACUAUUGCAUCUCUGAGUACUGCACCUAUCGGUUACAGCCUCUUCAGUUUCAGCGCAAAUAUCUGCAACAAUCAUUACAUGGCAAACUUAAUUUUACAAAACGACUCUUGAAUGGCCCAUUAAUCUGCUGUGACAAGCUUAGGCCAGUAGCAGCACUUGAGUCAAAUGCUCCUGACCCCAUUCAACAGGGAUCUGAGAAUCUGAGGGGAGGCAAGAACUUUAAAGAAUGGAAUUCAUUAAGUGCAAAGUUUGCUGGAGCUUCAAAUAUACCAUUUUUGUUGUUGCAACUGCCUCAGAUUAUCCUCAAUGCCCGUAACCUCUUAGCGGGGAAUAAGACAGCAUUAUUUGCCGUCCCAUGGCUGGGGAUGUUCACUGGGUUACUUGGGAAUUUAUCUUUGCUAUCAUACUUCAUAAAGAAAAGGGAGACUGAAGUUGUAGUAGUGCAAACUUUAGGAGUUGUAUCCAUAUAUAUUGUUAUUACGCAGCUUGCUAUGGCAGGAGCUAUGCCUCUUCCUCACUACAUUGUCACUUCAACGGUGGUUUUUUGUGGCUUGAUUUUGAAUUUUAUGAAUUACUUUUACUUGCUUAAUCCUGGGAUCUGGCGUUUAUGGGAAGAUUUUAUUACGAUUGCAGGACUAUCUGCACUUCCACAGGUCAUGUGGUCAACAUUUCUUCCAUAUGUACCAAAUACUAUUCUGCCGGGUCUCUUAGCUUUUGUCAUUGCUGUGAUGACUGUUCUCAUGGCUAGGAUGGGCAAACUCUCAGAUAGAGGCAUCAAAUUUGUUGGGUCGAUAUCUGGGUGGACAGCUACACUUCUUUUUAUGUGGAUGCCUGUUGCACAAGCGUGGACAAAUCUCCGGAAUCCUGAAAAUAUCAGAGGGUUAUCAUCUGUCUCAAUGUUGCUUGCUAUGGUUGGCAAUGGACUUAUGAUCCCCCGUGCGCUCUUUAUUCGAGAUCUAAUGUGGUUCACUGGUUCAAGUUGGGCAAGCGUCUUCUAUGGUUGGGGGAACCUUCUAUGCCUCUACUAUUUUCAGUGUAUCAGCCGCGAGUUCUUCGGGGCGGCAACAAUCGGCCUUGUGGCUUGGAUAGGGAUGGCACUCUGGAAGGACACACAAGUUUAUGGAUACACUUCCCCCUUGACAUCCUUGAAGGAGUUGGUUUUUGGUCAUUGAAUUUACUGGUCCACCACGUCUGAUUUAAAUGUCGUUUGUCUGAAAUACACGGGUUAUCCAAGACUUCAUCAGAGACCGGUAGGAAUUGUGAACCAGGCUACUGGCUUCAAUAAGAGAAUUUCGGUUUAGAAACCCCUUUGUAGGAAUCACUCCUUGACCUUAUUCUUGACGAUUGGCACUGUCUUGCCUAUAGAUUCUCAACGAGUACAGUACAAUUCCUAUAUGAAUGUAACUCAAUGUUAUCUUUGACAAAGCAGAUGCAGUGUGCUUGGCAUGCAACGAUAGUGUUAAUAAAAUGACUGUGUUAAUAUUUUUCAAUACAA